CGGGCCAGAGCUGCAGCACACUCACGGAGCGAGGAGGGACCUAACGAAGAGACUGAGCAACAAGGGGAAUUUACACAAUUACUUGAGAAGAUUCGCGAAUCUAUCCUCUUUCUUUCUGGUUCCUCGUCCAGGCAGCCCUGGCUCGCUCGCUCGCCACGAUGAGAACUGACUUCGCUCUGGUCCUGACAGCAGCCCUUCUUUUUGACACGUUCGGGAGGAAUAAUGGGGAGCAAGCUUCCAAAGGUCCCUGCCGACCUGGCUUCUCACAAAGCUUCUACUCUGUGCUGAUUUCAAGGGAUGUACUGCAAGGCCAUGGCACACUCAAAGAUACCGCCGUGUCAUCACAAAAAGUGAAGUUCGAUGACUGCAUGGGGAAUGAGGCUGUGGUUUUCCGGAGCGGUGAUCCGAUCUUCAGCGUGCGGACAGAUGGGUCCAUCUAUGCCCAGGGAGUGGCAGCCAGCCUGGACGAACCAGUCCAGUUUAAACUAACAGCCGGGGGUCCCACCACACGAGUCUGGGAGACGGUGAUCCAGCUGGCCCUCAUUGACCCACUGUUACCUCAACAAAAUGAGAAUGAGGUCAUAAAGGAAGAGGGGAAAGUCGCGGAGAGAAAAGAGGGGAAGGAGGCGUCACAAGCACCACCUCCUGUCAUCAUGUUCUCAGGGUCGGGCAGGAACAGCUCCAAGGGUCUGAGGAGACAGAAGAGGGACUGGGUGAUCCCACCAAUCAACGUGGCAGAAAAUUCUCGAGGACCGUUCCCUCAGAUGCUCGUCAGCAUUCGCUCAGAUCAAGACAAGGACAUAUCCAUCCGAUACAGCAUCACUGGGGUGGGAGCAGAUCAACCGCCCAAUGAGGUGUUCAAUAUCGACCCCGUGGUGGGAAAGAUGUUCGUCACCAAACCUCUCGAUCGAGAACAUCGCUCUUCCUACCAUCUGCGAGCCCAUGCUGUGGACAUGAAUGGGAACCAGGUGGAGAACCCCAUCGAUCUGUACAUCUUCGUCAUCGACAUGAAUGACAACAGACCCGAGUUCAAAAACCAGGUCUACAAUGGCUCUGUGGAUGAAGGCUCUAAACCAGGGACGUAUGUGAUGCACGUGUCAGCGUUCGACGGUGACGACAACACCACGGCUAACGGAAUGGUGCGCUAUCGAAUCCUGUCCCAGACGCCGCACAGCCCCAUCCCCAACAUGUUCACCAUCAACAGUGAGACUGGAGAUAUCGUUACCGUGGCAGCCGGCCUCGAUCGAGAGAAAGUGUCCCAGUAUACCAUCAUCGUACAAGCCACGGACAUGGAGGGAAAUCUAAACUUCGGCCUCUCCAACACGGCCACUGCCAUCAUCACUGUCACCGACAUCAACGACAACCCUCCCAUGCUGACCUCAAGAACUUUUUCCGGUGAGGUCCCGGAGAACCGAGUGGAUCUUGUGGUGGCUAAUCUGACGGUGAUAGAUGCCGACCAACCGCACUCUCCGAACUGGAACGCCAUCUACAGGAUCAUCAGUGGAGAUCCAAACGGGCACUUCACCAUCCGCACGGACCCCGUCAGCAACGACGGCAUGGUCACCGUGGUGAAGCCAGUAGACUAUGAGAUGAACCGUGCCUUCAUGCUGACGGUGGUGGUCUCCAACCAGGCCCACCUAGCCAGUGGCAUCCAGUCGUCGCUCCAGUCCACAGCUGGGGUCACCAUAUCCGUGCAGGACGUCAACGAGCCCCCUUACUUCCCCAAUAACCCCAAACACAUCCGCUUUGAGGAGGGGGUCCCUGCUGGCACCAGCCUCACGACCUUCUCUGCCUCCGAUCCCGACCGACUAUCGAUGCUGCAGACAAUCAGGUAUUCGAAGCUGAACGACCCGGCAGACUGGCUGUCCAUCAACAGAACCAACGGUCAGAUCCUAACCACAGCCAUGCUGGACCGGGAGUCUAUCUAUGUGAAAAACAACCUAUAUGAAGCAACGUUUCUGGCAACAGAUAAUGGCUCUCCUGCAGCCAGCGGCACGGGCACUCUGCAGAUCUAUCUGAUAGAUAUUAAUGACAACCCCCCAGCCCUCAUACCCAGGGAGUCUCAGAUCUGUGAGCGGGUGAACAAGAACGUCCACGGGGUCAACAUCACCGCUGCCGACGCCGACACAGAACCCAACGCUGGACCCUUCGUCUUCGAGCUGCCCAACUUCCCCGCCAGCAUCCGGCGCAACUGGACCAUUUCUCGGAUCAGCGGUGACUUACGGCCGCCUUUGGCCUGCGGUACCAAUAUAUCUUGA